CUGCCGCCCCCUUGGCCGUCCCUUCGCUCCCCCUCCCCGCUCCCCGCCCCGACCGCGGAGGGCACCAUGUCGGCGCCGACGGCCAAAACCAGUAAAAAGGAGCUCAACUCCAACCACGAUGGGGCCGACGAGACCUCAGAAAAAGAACAGCAAGAAGCAAUUGAACACAUUGACGAAGUACAAAAUGAAAUAGACAGACUUAAUGAACAAGCCAGUGAGGAAAUUUUGAAAGUAGAACAAAAAUAUAACAAACUCCGCCAGCCAUUUUUUCAGAAGAGGUCAGAAUUGAUCGCCAAAAUCCCAAAUUUUUGGGUAACAACAUUUGUCAACCAUCCACAAGUGUCUGCACUGCUUGGGGAGGAAGACGAAGAGGCUCUGCAUUACUUAACCAGAGCUGAAGUGACAGAAUUUGAAGACAUUAAAUCAGGUUACAGAAUAGAUUUUUAUUUUGAUGAAAAUCCUUACUUUGAAAAUAAAGUUCUCUCCAAAGAAUUUCAUCUGAAUGAGAGUGGUGAUCCAUCAUCAAAGUCCACUGAAAUCAAAUGGAAAUCUGGAAAGGAUUUGACAAAACGCUCAAGUCAAACACAGAAUAAGGCCAGCAGGAAGAGGCAGCAUGAAGAGCCAGAGAGCUUCUUGACCUGGUUUACUGACCAUUCUGACGCGGGUGCAGAUGAGUUAGGAGAGGUCAUCAAAGAUGAUAUUUGGCCAAACCCCUUGCAGUACUAUUUGGUUCCUGAUAUGGAUGAUGAAGAAGGAGAGGCAGAAGAUGAUGACAAUGAUGAUGAAGAAGAGGAAGGCUUGGAAGAUAUCGAUGAAGAAGGGGAUGAGGAUGAAGGUGAAGAAGAUGAAGAUGAUGAUGAAGGGGAAGAAGGAGAGGAGGAUGAAGGCGAGGAUGACUAGCACAGAAGACUGAUGGAUUCCAACCCUCUUUUUUUAUUUUCUUUUAUUUUUAAUUUUCUCCAGUCCCUGGGAGCAAGUUGUGGUCAUUUCCCUCCCCUCCCUUCCCCAAUCCCUCUUGUGCUCAGUCGCCCUGUUUUUGAGGUCUCUUCUCAACACCAUGGUUCUCAACUUACUUGGGGGGAAAUACCUUGAGCAAAAUACAACGAGAAAAGAAUCUCCA